UAAUCAAAGCCGCAUUGCCAACGUCUAUUAUUAAUAUAAAAAAGUGCGUUAUCAAAAAGGGAGCUAUGACGCGCUAGAAAAAAUUCUUUUAAACACCAACAUUCAACUUAUAAUUAUUGAAAAUGAAGGCUCUCAUUUUACAAAAAGGUGAUGAAAAAGAGAAUAAUAACUUUAAACAUCAAGCAGUUCUUAGCGAAAUUCCUCUUCCCGCUCUGAACCCCGAAAAUGAUGAUGUGUUAAUCAGAUUACAAGCUGUAUCAUUUAACCAUCGUGAUGUCUGGAUAAGAAAAGGAUUAUAUUCAGGAUUGCAAUUUAAUUCUGUACUUGGGAGUGAUGGUGUUGGAAUAGUGCAAGAAACAUCACGCAAUGAAUCUUCUCACCUUGUUGGCCAACAAGUAAUCAUUAAUCCAGGAUCUGGCUGGGAAAAAGAUCCAAUAGGUCCCGAAAACGAAUAUAGAAUGCUUGGAUUGUUACCACUACCUGGAACUUUUGCUGAAUAUAUUGUUGUUCCUCGAGCUGAAAUAUUUCCUGUUCCUGAUCAUUUAUCUGUAGCAGAAGCGGCUGCUCUUCCAUUAGCUGGUUUAACAGCAUUCAGAGUAGCCUUUACAAAGGCCAAUGUUAAACCGGGAGACAACAUAUUAAUCACAGGAAUUGGAGGUGGUGUCGCUUUGAUUGCAUUAAGCUUUGUUUCAAGUAUCGGUGCAAACGCGUAUGUUACAUCUUCAGAUGAGUCCAAGAUUAAAAAAGCUAUAGAAAUAGGAGCAAAAGGAGGAGUGAAUUAUAAAGAAGAUGAUUGGCCAAAGAAGCUAAAAGCUCUCUUGCCUAAUGAUCGUCCGUUCUUAGAUUCCGUAAUUGAUAGUGCAGGAGGUGAAAUUGUUUCUCAAACAACGAAGCUUUUACGUCCCGGAGGUAACAUUACUUGUUAUGGCAUGACAUCACAUCCUUCUGUAUCAUUUCCAAUGCUUGCAGUGCUCAAAAACAUCGAAUUUAGAGGAUCCACUAUGGGUAGUAGAGAAGAAUUUAAGAGAAUGUUAAAUUUUGUUAAAGAAAAAAAAAUUAAACCUGUGAUAGGUGGUAUUUGGCAUGGACUCGAAAACGCUCCAGAAAUUUUUGAAAUCAUGAAUAAAGGGAAGCAAUUCGGUAAAUUAGUAAUUGAAAAUAUAUCACCAAAGCUUUGAAUAUCAAGUGUAUUUUAUACAAUUACUUGUUAUAAACAAUCAGUAUAUGAAAAUUAUUCAUCAGAUUAUUUUUUAAUAAAUGUGACAUAUAAAUCUUAAUGUGAGAUUGUCUUGCAAUAAGAUGGGUUUAAAUCUUCCAAUUUCCCAACGUACAAUAGCUUAUCCAAAAGAUAACUAAACGUAGACAUUAUAUAACAUUAUAUAAAGCGGAUGCUAUAUCGGUAAAUAAAUCACUGGACUAUAAUUAUUGGAUAAAAA